AUGGUCACCCGCCGCGUCUUCUUAUCCCACCACCCAACGCCGCCACCUCCCGCCGGUAGCAGCCCGAUAACUUCAUCACAAAGAAAAAAGAAAAAGAACAGGAAAAGUAAGCCUGCUCGCCGCCUCGUCUCAGCCGUCUCGACGCCUAAUCUCCGUCAGCAAGCACGUAUCUUCGUCUCCGUCCGUCAGCGAAUCGGACGGCGGAAAAGAGGGCGUGCGACGGCGGAGGGUGAAAUUUGUGGCGAGGCAGGUCUGUGGGCGGACGGAGGGCAAUUUUUUACGGUGGCGGGGCUGUUGGCGAAGGAGCUGCCGGGGCAGGUUGCAGAUGGGGCGGAGAUGUUGGUUGUGAUGAUUUCAAUCGAUGCUCACCUUCAGUCCUCCAUAUCCGCCGCCGCCUUCCUCCAGAUCUGCCAUUCCCGCCGCCAUCGUCGCCGCCGUCUUCCUCUAGAUCCUCCAUUCCCGCCGCCAUCUUCCUCUAGAUCCUCCAUUCCCGCCGCCAUCUUCGUACUCAUCGUUCCAGACCGCCGUCAGAGCAUAGUCGCCCCCGCCAGUGACCUCCGCCCAGAAUAUCUCUCCGGUGGCGAUCGGCUGUGCUUUGUCGCACGUCGCCGGCGCCAUCUCCGUCGACCGCGGCGUUCCCCGUCGCCCGCGUCUCCCCUAUCGCCUUCACCGUCCUCCGUCGAUCGCGCCGUCAUCCGUCGCCCGCGACUCACCACCUCCUCGACUCUCGCCGGUGUCAUGUCUGUCCGACGGCCUAGGCGCCGCCGCACUCCCCGCCACCGAACACCAUGCAGGUUCUCGCCGCCGCCUCGACUGACCAGAAUCCGACACCAGAUCCGGCUGCGACCGCACCUGUCCCGUCGACAUAUUGAACCGCCGGCCUCCGGCUCUGUACCGAUCAAUUUUCCAUUGGAAUUCAGUUUCCUCCGUUGCCCCGUCUGGAGUCUCGAUAGAUUACCGAUUUCAUACGGGAUUCUAGAGUCGUACCUUGUGACAUACAGUGACAGCGGCGGAGAUAGGGUGGGAGACGGUGGAGCAAGAAGAAGGGAGCCAUUUGAAGAUCAAGAGAAGAAGAAGAAAAGGGGAAGAGGCAGAGUUCCACUUCCUGAAAAAUCGAGUGCCAUGAAAAGACAACAGGCAACAGUGAGAUGCAGUGUAUGUAGUGUUGAAGGUCAUAACAAACGUCGUUGUGCGAGGUCUGGUGCUAAUUCAAAGGCUAAACUACCUCAGAAAUCCCAAAGAGAUGAAGUACCAGAGAUGGAUGAGGAAAUGACUGGCUUUGAUGAUAUAUUCAGCCAACUAACUAAGUUCAAGCAAAGUCAGGCUACUGCAACAAAUGUAAAUCUCAGUUAUCCAGCUUCUUUGGUAGGGGGACAUUUCAUUCCAAGUGUUGAGAGGUGCAUCUCUAAGCAAAGCAUGUCUGCUAGGCCAAUUUUUCAUGAUGAAAUGAACAAAUAUGUCAACUUUAAUGACCUCAGUGUUGCUGUGGAAGAAUCAAAGAAGAAGUUGGGAAACAAGAAGCUUUGA